GCGACUUGUCGCAUCUGUUCUCCAUCCUGAUCCUGCUGCACAAGAUGAAGACAUCAAGUAGCGCAUCAGGCAUCUCGUUCAAGUCGCAAUUCCUCUACCUCGUCGUAUAUGUCACCCGAUACCUCGGUACGCCCAUCCGUCUCGAGAAAAAUACAAACCGCAUACUGAGCCCUCUCCUACANGACCUCCUUUGGACAGACCCCUUCAGGAGCUUGUGGAACACGACUUUCAAGCUCGUCUUCACUGGAACCUCUGCCUACAUAAUCUACCUGAUGCUCAACGACUACAAGCCUACCCACGAUCCCAAUCUCGACACCUUCAGAGUUCCGUACCUGGUCGCAGGAAGUGCCGUGUUGGGCAUUCUAUUCCCCUGCAAGUACCAGCUUUCCGAGGUACCAAUCACUCAGCCAAUUUGUCUCCACACUUUC